AAAGAGCACACACAAAAACAAAACAAAGAAGGGGAAAUUAACCAAAUAUCAAAACUCAAAAAAGCCUUGUUUACUCAAAUAUUCAAACACAAAAUUGUCAGAUCUUAGAUGUCGCCACCGCAUUGAUCACCUUUUUCUGCCAUUAUUCAUCCAGUUUCGCCGCCUCUAGUGACUCAAGUCGCCGUUGCUGCUGACGCCGAAUCUCUCUGAGAAAUCUUGUCAACUUCUUCAUACAUGAAUGAACCAACUAUGGAAGGUGAAACUUCGAUGGUGGAAUUCAAGUCUUCUUCAACCUUCAGAUGUGUCGAGGCUAGUCAUUUUUUCAUAUUGAAGGCUAUUUUUGUAAGAGCUUAACCACAUUUGUUAGACGAAAUACACAUACGUGCCUUGUCUGAGAAAGAGUGAUUGAAAUGAUUGGAGUGGGGAAGAUGAAACAAUACACUAACAUUCUUGACAAACCCUUGAGCAAAGGAAAACAAGAGGUCAGCUUAAGUGCCUUUGCCUUUUUGUUUUCGGAGAUUGUACAGUAUAAUCAGACCCAGGUGGACAAUAUUACUGAACUAGAGCGAAGACUAGAAGAUGCGGGAUAUGCUGUUGGAGCACGAGUGCUGGAACUUCUUUGCCAUAGGGAGAAGGGUAACAGAAGGGAAACACGCUUACUUGGUAUUCUGUCUUUUGUACACAGUACUGUGUGGAAGGUGUUAUUUGGGAAGGUUGCUGACUCCCUUGAGAAGGGCACUGAACAUGAAGAUGAAUAUAUGAUCAGUGAGAAGGAGCUUCUUGUGAACAGAUUUAUAUCUAUACCCAAAGAUAUGGGAACUUUUAACUGCGGUGCAUUUGUCGCUGGAAUAGUGAGGGGUGUCUUAGAUGGUGCAGGUUUCCCAGCCAUUGUAACUGCUCAUUUUGUUCCCAUGGAAGGGCAGAUGCGUCCAAGAACCACUAUCUUGAUAAAGUUUGCAGAAGUGGUGCUGAAAAGGGAAGCAAGAUUAGGCUGAUCUCGGAUAGAAUCAUCGUUUCGUGAAACUGUCAAAGAUCUUGUAUGCUGUUAGUGCAACAGUUAAGUUUUUGCUGCUUCCCUGUAUGAAUCUCAUGAGGGUUUACAUUAUCUUCGUUAAAGUUCCGAUUUUAGUUAGGCAUGAUCUCUUCUGGUAUCAAAGUUCAUUUUUUGUAUUUAUUAUUUAUUAUCUUGUUGACAAUGUGAAGCACUGUAGGUAAACAAUUGGAUUGCAAUAUAUUGACUAUUUGCUUUUUUGAGAAGUUCAA